AAUCGAUGACGCGCCUCGUGGUGCGAACUUUGUCCGAUCAUCUCCAGCUCUAAGCUCAGCACUCACGAGACUGUACAUCACACAUAUCAUAAAUAGACGUUGGGUUCCUUUAUCGUUGCGGCAGACAUCGCGGUCAACACUCGGGCUCAUAUACUACACUUUCACCUAGUCCGUCCAGUCGACAAACUUUUACAGCGCAAGACUCCAGACGAGAUGGCGUUGCACGCGCCUGUCCAAGUGUUGGACAACUACUACCUCGCCAUCACCUUGUUGGUGACCGUCGCCUACCAAUUGAUCGGCUUCGCAAUCGCCUUCACCUUGAAGUUCGACAAAUUGACGGAUCUAUGGGGCGGUUCCAACUUCAUCAUCCUCGCGAUCCUGACCCUCGCGCUCUCCGGAACCACCACCGCCCGCCAGAUCGUCGUCAGCAUCUUCAUCAUCCUCUGGGCCUUCCGGCUCUCCGCCUUCCUCUUCUACCGCAUCCUCAAGACAGGCUCCGACUCACGCUUCGAUGACAAGCGCGACAAAUUCUUCUCCUUCCUGGGCUUCUGGGUCUUCCAGAUGAUCUGGGUCUGGACCGUCAGCAUGCCCGUCACCAUCCUGAACUCUCCCAAUGUCCUCCAAUACCGACAGCCGCGAUUCACCCGCGCAAGCGACAUCAUCGGCGUAAUCAUCUUUGCGCUAGCAUGGGGCUUGGAGUUGAUCUCCGACAUCCAAAAGUACCGCUUCAAAAACAGUGCAGCAGGUAAAGAGCCAGGUGCGGUCGCGGAUAUUGGGUUCUGGAAGUACUCGCGCCACCCCAAUUACUUUGCCGAGAUCAUGGCGCAAGUUGCCAUCUACAUCAUCGCCGUGACUCCCGCCAGCUACAACUUCGUACCUCGCGGCUCCGGCGCCUCAGCCGCUCUCUUCGCGUCCUGCGUCGGCUGGAUUCUCCUCACCAUCCUGCUCAUGUUCAUUUCAGGCUUGACGCUCCAGGAACGUCCGGGCGCCAAGAAGCGAUACGAGAAGGGUGACAAUUGGCCCGCAUACGAGAAGUACCUCAACGAGACGAGCAUUCUCUUUCCCAUGCCCAAGUUCAUUUGGAGGAAUUUGCCCGUCUGGGUCAAGCGCACUGUCGGACUCGAGUUCCCUAUCUAUGUCUUCGACCCGAAGAAGCAUGCGGACAUGGACAAGGUCCGGGAGAAUCGUGCCGAGAACGGAGAGCGUGCGAGCUCUGAGCCGCUUCGUGACUGAGCCAUGAAAAGGAUUCUGAGUUGGGUGCUUCUUUUUCCCCUUUUUUGGAAUGAUACCUAUGAUGUAUACCGUCUUGCAUAACGCGAUUGAGCGUGUUCUUCGACAUUGGAUGAUCUUCGUACAUGAGCACUAUGAAAUAAUACUUGAAUUUUUGACUCGAAUCAGUGCUUGAGACUAGAUCGAUAAAACUACCUAGGUAGUACUGGAAUUUGAGGAGGACAGAUUUGGUGUGCGAUUCGGGGAAUGGCGGACCGCUCCACGCACACAGAGAGGAGAGAGAGCUGUGUUGGAGCUCGUCAUGAAGAAAUGUUGCAUAUUUCUAACGCCACCAUCAUUUCUUGGGUGCCUGAUAGAUCGUAGGAAAGAAGCCCUUGAUCGCAUUGCUCAUGAACACGACUUCUCCCUGCACCAGACUCUGCGCCUCCACAUC